CAUUAAUGUACAGUUAAUGGAAAACUGUGUACAGUUAGCAUGCUAAAUACGGUGGGGAGGCGACAGAUUUAUGUACGGAACGGAAAUUUUGACCAUGAACGGAGCCUGAAGGAAGGGCAGUGGUUUAGAGUCCGGGAUCUUGAGAGUGAGUUGCGGACUUGAAAACAUCUAAGGUACCAACACACUCUUUUAUUAGGGGUAUUUCAUCUCCAAGGGUUUCCCCAAGUCAACAACCGCGACAUUUGUCUCAUCACCAACACGGCGACUUGACUGGGCCAAUCCGAGGAGUCGUCACAAACCUGAGUGUGGUAUGACAAAGCCAUUGUGAGUUCGAACUUGGGAAAACUUUCGAAAGAAAAAAGUCAGACCAUCGCAACACUGCACCGACUCGAAGACUACGAAACGGACCCGUUCCAGCUUUGGUUGGGUUCCUGGCAGUCGGCAUUCCGUCAACUUCUUUUAUCCUCCACUCGCAACUCGACAUGGCGUCCAACCAACCCCCAAGCGCGGCCAAGGAGGCGGUGCUGGUCCAGUCGGUCGACAUGCCCGAGGGAUCCCAGAAGGUGGAGGAGCUAGACUUCAACAAAUUCAAGGGCCGGCCCAUCACGGUCGACGACCUCUUCCAGGGGAUGAAGCACAUGGGCUUCCAGGCGUCAUCCAUGUGCGAGGCCGUCCGCAUCAUCAACGAAAUGCGGGCGUGGAAGGACCCCGAGACCGGGGAGAAAACCACCAUCUUCCUCGGCUACACGUCCAACAUGAUCUCGUCGGGGCUCAGGGGCGUCUUCCGGUACCUGGUCCAGCACAAGCACGUCUCGGCCAUCGUGACGACGGCGGGCGGCAUCGAGGAGGACUUCAUCAAGUGCCUGGGCGACACCUACAUGUCGUCCUUCUCCGCGGCCGGCGCCGAGCUCCGGUCCAAGGGCCUCAACCGGAUCGGCAACCUCGUGGUGCCCAACGCCAACUACUGCGCGUUCGAAGACUGGGUCGUGCCGAUCCUGGACAAGAUGCUCGAGGAGCAGGAAGCCAGCGCCAGCCGGGGGAGCGACAGCAGCGAGAUGCACUGGACGCCGUCCAAGGUGAUCCACCGGCUCGGGCGGGAGAUCAACGACGAGCGGUCCGUGUACUACUGGGCGUACAAGAACGACAUCCCCGUGUUCUGCCCGGCGCUGACGGACGGCAGCCUCGGUGACAUGCUGUACUUCCACACGUUCAAGGCGUCGCCGCGGCAGCUCCGGAUCGACAUCGUCGAGGACAUCCGGCGGAUCAACACGCUCGCGGUGCGGGCGAAGCGCGCCGGCAUGAUCAUCCUGGGCGGCGGGGUGGUCAAGCACCACAUCGCGAACGCGUGCUUGAUGCGGAACGGCGCCGACUCGGCCGUGUACAUCAACACGGCGCAGGAGUUUGACGGGAGCGACGCCGGCGCCCGCCCGGACGAGGCCGUGUCGUGGGGGAAGAUCAAGAUCGGCGCGGAUGCAGUCAAGGUCUACGUGGAGGCAACGACUUGCUUUCCGUUCAUUGUAGCCAAUACAUUUGCGAAGGACGACCAAUAGACGCAAAGUUGUGCCCAUCUGUCGCUUUCUGGAUAUCUCCAACCUUACUGUGUGCGUGAUCCUCCUGACCUAGUAC